AUGAGACUCGAGUCUGCAGCAGAUGAAGGUAAACUAUCUCUCGAAGAUAUCAUGAGAGUGGUUACCGAUAUAAGAGAUAAACAGCUGAUUGAGUCUAUAACAUCGGAGAACAAGGAGCUGAAGAAGGUGAGAGCUCUGGAAGGUCGUCUGGAGAACAUAGAGCAGUACUCUCGCAGUAACUGUGAGGAAAUUCAAGGAAUCCCUGUAACUUCCAAUGAAGAUGUGUUGACCAUCGUGAAGGACGUCGGCAAGGCACUGGACUUAACCGUAUCUGACACUAUGGUGGACGCGUGCCAUAGACUUGGUGCCAAGCAGAGUGGAAACAACCCGCCGGGGAUUAUUGUGAAGUCCAUUCGUCGACUGGACAAGGAGAAGUUUCUACGGAGGCGACGUGUGAAGAGGACCCUCUCAACUCGUCACAUCGGUGCAACCGAUGACCGUCCCAUCUACGUCAACGAGUCUCUAUCACCGGCGAGACGGGCGCUGUAUGCUCUGGCGAGGAAGUAUCAGCGCGAGAAAAACUUCAAUUUCCUUCAUAAUCCUUCAUAA